AACAUGAAGGUCCUCUUGCUGUUGGGAUUGGUGGCUGUUGCCUUUGCCGAAGUCACUCGCUUCGAGGGAGAUAAAGUCUUCCGCCUGAAGCCUGUGCUUGAUGAGCAUGUUGCCCUCAUCAAGAAACUGGCAAAGGACAUUGAGGUGGACUUCUGGAGCCCUGACGAUGCCAGCCUGGUGAAGGCCAACAUGGAGGUGGACAUCCACGUGCGCGCCAUGUACCUGAACAUCGUCUCCACCGUCCUGAACCAGAGCGACAUGGAGCACAACGUCCUCAUCGACGAUGUCCAGAAGGCCGUUGAUGGCCAGGCUGAUAACGGACCCUCCCCCAGAGCCCACAGCUACACCAAGUACAACACCUGGAGUGAAAUCCAGACCUGGAUUUCCACCAUUGCCGCCUCCGACGCUUCUCUGAUCAGCAGUCAGACGAUUGGAAACACAUAUGAGGGACGCCCCAUGACUCUCCUGAAGCUCGGUAAGAAAACCAGCUCCACGAAGCCCGCCAUCUUCAUGGACUGCGGUAUCCACGCCAGAGAGUGGAUCACUCCUGCUUUCUGCCAGUGGUUUGUCAACGAGGCUCUGAACACCUACGGCAGUGAUUCUCAGAUGACCAGCCUGCUCGACGAGAUGGACGUGUACGUUCUGCCCCUCUUCAACGUCGACGGCUACCACUACACCCACACCAACGACAGGAUGUGGAGGAAGACUCGCUCCAGGAACUCUGGAUACAGCUGCGUCGGAACUGAUCCCAACAGGAACUUUGACGCCGGCUGGUGCACUCUCGGCGCUUCCAGCUACCCCUGCAGCGACACCUACUGUGGAAGUACUCCUGAGUCCGAGAUCGAAGUGAAGAACGUCGCCAACUUCAUCCGCUCGAAGAAGUCGGUCAUCAAGGCCUACCUCACCAUGCACUCCUACUCCCAGCUGCUGCUCUUCCCCUACUCCUACACCUACGACCUGGCUGCCGACAACGACGAGCUGAUGGCGCUUGCUGAGGGAGCCUCCAACGCCCUGCGCAGUCUGUAUAACACUCGCUACACCAGCGGACCUGGAGCUACCACCAUCUACCCCGCUGCCGGAGGCUCCGACGACUGGGCCUACGACCUGGGAGUGAAAUAUUCCUUCACCUUCGAGCUGCGUGACACCGGCCGCUACGGCUUCCUGCUGCCCGAGUCUCAGAUCAAGCCCACAUGCGAGGAGACCAUGCUGGCCGUCAAGUACAUCGCCGCCUACGUCCAGAAGAACCUCUAUUAAAAAGUGGGACUGCCAGGACCCCCGCCAACUCGGCUCCUCUGUACCAGCCCCCGGCCCCUCCAACCUCUCAGCCAUCUCCUGCCCGUAUCCAUGGAUACGGGCACCACCCGCCAUGUUUCCUCACUGUGUUUGACAGAAUGUCAAGAUGAGUGCAAACAAUAAAAUCAAUGAUCCAUCCCC